UACCAGUGACACUUGGACUAGGUGUGAUGCUGUAUCCGUGACGCCAUGAGUGAGUGACCUGCAUUGUACAGAUAUUCCCGAUGUUUGCUCGAAUUCAAACAGAGCCGUCAUCCUCCCAUUUUGCGUCUUUGUCUAUGCGGGGAUACACUCUUCAACUUUGCGACCAUAGUAGCAAGGAGAGGACAGCAUCGCCGUAAUGGCACUCUCUGACGGUGUUCGCCAGCUUCUGGCUGAAGCGGACGUCAAGAUCUACUCGACCAUGAGCUUGUUCGUUUUAGUCGCCAUCGCCACCACCCUAUCUACCGUUUCAUGGUCGAAAGCCUCCCGAACCCUGCACUUCCCGUUCAUUGGAAGCCCGUCCGGAAACACGGCGCAAAAGCGCCAAUAUUUCAUCAGUAACGCCGUGAAGCUCUUCCAGGAAGGAUAUCAAAACUUCCGAAACUCUGUAUGGCGAACGAUUGCUCUUGAUGGCGAGUUACUCGUGGUCCCGUUGCCAUACGCAGACGAACUGCGCAAGCAGCCAGAGGAAGUAAUUAGUAGAGACGUAGCCAACAACAAGUCGUUUGAGACGAAGCUCUUGAACAUCACUUUUGCUACACCAUUGAUGGUUCACACCGUCAAAGCUGACCUCACUCACAACAUCCCACACCUUACCUCGCCCAUGAUGACAGAGGCUCAGGAGACACUUCGUGAGGCUUUUGGAGAGAGUCCGGAGUACAGCGCAGUAAGCGUGUAUCAGAAGCUACUGCGCGUUGUCGCCAUUGUGUCCGGCAUCGCCUUUGUUGGGCCUGAGACUUGCCGCGAGAACGAGUACCUCACCAACAGCAUCAUGUUCACCGUCGAUCUAUUUUCCGCCAUUGCCGAGCUGAAGAAGUGGCCCAACUGGGGUCCCACGCGCCGCAUUGCGAGCUACUUUAUACCGCAGGUGAAGAAAAUGAAGGAUCACCGCGCACGCUCGAUGGCGUACCUCGUGCCUGUCAUCCAGAAACGACGUUCUAUGCGAUUUGACUCUAAAGAGGACAAGCCCAAAGACAUGCUCCAAUGGCUGAUAGAAAAGUCCGACAAGUUUGGAGCGAAACAAGACGAAGAUAUCGCCAUGGUGCUCAUCCUGCUGGGUGUGGCAGCCAUCCAUACAACGACCAUGGCCGUGACACAGACGCUUUACGAUCUUAUCGGGUACUGUCCCGAAGUUAUUCCUGAGCUCCGUGAAGAAAUUCGCUCCGUCCAGGCGGCACAUAACGGAGUCCUCAACACCGAAGCCCUGUACCAGAUGAAGCUGCUGGACUCGAUCAUGCGUGAAUCACAACGGUUGAACCCAACCAAUGUGAUGCGGAUGCAGCGUUGCGUGCUACAAUCGUUCCAGCUGGCCGACGGCACCACCAUCCCGGCCGGCAUCGAUAUUGCCGUGCCUGCGUUGCCCGUCAACUUGGACGAGUCUAAAUAUCCGGACCCCUUGCGUUUCGACCCGCACCGCUUCGUGCGCCUGCGGUCCAGCGUCGACCCCGACCCCAUCGGCUACGCCAGCAGGGAACAGUACCAGUUCAUCAGCGUGACCAAGGAGAACAUGGCGUUUGGUUUCGGAAAACCGGCGUGUCCCGGGCGCUUCUUCGCCGCCACCGAGAUGAAGCUUCUUCUCAUCCGCCUGUUGCAGGACUACGACAUCAAGAUGCCCGACGGCGUCGAGGGCCGCUAUCCCAACAUGAUUCGUGGAACUUCCAUCACGCCUGACACGAGUAAAACCAUCAUGAUGCGGAGGCGGCUGUAGAAAUGGGUUCAAAACUAGAGAUCCAUGGGGGCAAAUGUAGUUGCGGAAAGGUUACCUUUUUUUACGACUGAGCCGGUCAACUUCAAGAGGCCGGCUUGGUUUACUCCUCGAACCCUAUCCGCCGCUUGUUGCAGAAUGAAUUACAUGGGUCAAAUGGAGCAUGAUUUUACUUUGUCUCUAAUUCUAAAAAUGGCAAUCAGAAUGAU